GAACCAGGCUCUGAGGGGUGGCCAGUCCUCUUCUGACUGCGUCAGCCUACAUGGCCAUUAAGGCUAGAUCGUUCUCCAAGAUGUUGAAACGUACAUAGAUAACCAGCAGGGUCAAAUACUAAUCACAGUGAUUAUAAAGGGUGCAACAGUCUGCACCUCAAGAGGUUUCAAACCUAUUUAUAGUAUCGCAUGUACUUCUAAGUGUGCACAUUAUAUACAAGCAUGUGUUCUGUUGCAACAUGUUUGUCGCUCACCACAGCUCGGAAAAAAACGAUGCAACUGGACACAGCAGCAGCCCAUCCAUAAUCAGGUCUGUGUGCGCAGCUGUCUCUUCGCGGCGCGUUUCAGUAGUGCGCUAAAAUCGAUAGAUACGGCAAAUAAUCUUUCAAUGCUUUGGGACGAUAUCGCAGAUGUAGGUGACUAUUUUGCUCCUCUUCUGCCUGCUGGAUCAAACAUAUAGCGGCACAUUGUGCCAGUUCAAAACCAUGCAUCUAUGGAGCUUAUUUCCUAUGUUGCUGUUCUUCCUCGGUGUAAGUUUUCUUCCAGCGUACACCCGGAGAGAGGCUACAGGGACUUCCUUCACCCUUGUUCAUUAAUAAUGAAUCAUCAGGACAUCCCUGGGCUCGCGCACACACACCCACACGAGUCUUGGUGCUCAUGGGAGGUAUGCUCAGAAGUUGCUGACUGAUUUGUUCGCUAACUACACCAACGCUCUGAGACCAGUGGAGGACACGGACCACAUCAUCAAUGUCACGCUGCAGAUCACCCUCUCACAGAUAAUCGACAUGGAUGAGCGUAACCAGAUCCUGACCACGUACCUGUGGAUCCGGCAGGUGUGGACGGACGCCUACCUCACUUGGAAGAAGGAGGACUACGAUGGUCUCGAUACCAUCCGUAUACCUAGUAGUUAUGUAUGGAGGCCUGAUAUUGUCCUAUAUAACAAUGCUGAUGACCAGUUCGCCAGCUCCAUGGAGACCAAUGUGGUGAUCCGUAACGAUGGACAGAUCAUGUGGGACCAGCCGGCCAUCACUAAGAGCUCGUGCUCAGUGGAUGUGUCCUUCUUCCCGUUUGAUGCCCAGCAGUGUCGCCUAACCUUCGGCUCCUGGACACACAACGGCAACCAGAUGGACCUGGUCAACGCCCUGGACAGUGCUGACCUGGCCGACUUCGUGGCCAAUGUAGAGUGGGAGGUACUGGGCAUGCCAGCCAAGAAGAACGUGAUCCUGUACGGCUGCUGCUCGGACCCCUAUCCAGACAUCACCUACACCCUGCACCUGAAACGCAGGGCCUCCUUCUACAUCUUUAACCUGCUCAUCCCUUGUAUGAUGAUCUCCUUCCUGGCCCCGCUGGGCUUCUACCUGCCAGCUGACUCUGGGGAGAAAGUGUCCCUGGGGGUCACCGUGCUGCUGGCCCUGACCGUGUUUCAGCUGCUAGUGGCAGAGAGCAUGCCACCCUCGGAGAACGUACCACUCAUAGGCAAGUACUACAUUGCUACCAUGACGAUGAUCACUGCGUCGACCGCCCUGACCAUCUUCAUCAUGAACAUCCAUCACUGUGGUCCGGAGGCGCGUCCCGUCCCUGAGUGGGCCCGCCGCUUCAUCCUGCACUACCUGGCGCGGAUCUGCUUUGUCUAUGAGGUGGGAGAGAACUGCUUCACCGGCACCCCCAAGAAAAAGGCCCCGCCCGAGCUCCCACCUGACCACAAUAUCAACCCCAAAACCAGAAGUACGAACUGGGAUGUGAAUGGGGAGUCCUUGGGAGGCAUGGGAGGGAUGGGUGGAGAGGAAGGGGUUGGCGUGGGCGUAAAAACACAGAAAGAGGAGGGGGAUAGACUGGAUGUGAAAAGAGGCUCAUACCAAACCUUUGAGCCCAGUUGGUGGAAAGACAACCUGUUUGUGAGUAUAGAUGCUGGAGAGGAGGAGGAGGGAGCAGCAGGAGGUGAGAAAGAAGGAGGAGGAGAGGCAGAAAUAGAGAAGGGUUUCAGAGGAGAAAGUGGGUACAUGGGAGGAGCAGUGGCGGCAGAAAGAGGCAAAGGUGGAGGAGGAGAGAGAGGCUGUGUGGGAGGAGGUGGAGAAAGAAAAGAAGGAUCAUUAGGAGGCGCAGAGGCUAGGGUUAGGAGGGAGGUGGUGGUGAGGGCCCAGUGUGUGUGUCAGCACCAAGCGCUAUGCAGGAACAUCGAGUACAUCGCCAGCUGCUACCACGACCAGCGCUCCACCCAGAGACGUACGGGUGAGUGGAGGAAGGUGGCCAAGGUUAUGGACCGACUCUUCAUGUGGCUCUUCUUCAUCAUGGUCUUCCUCAUGAGCCUCCUCAUCAUGGGCAAGGCUGUCUGAGCACGUGCAGAGAGAAGAGGGAGAAGGCUCCGGGUACAAGUUACCCUUAGGCACAGAUCUAGGAUCAGAUCAUACCCUUCCCAAAUACUGACUCUAAUCAUUAAGGGGGAUCCCAAACAGACCUUAGCUCAGUUUCUAAUGGCAACUUUAUCCUACUCCGAGGGGUAGUAGCGGCCAAAUAAACCAUUCACAGAGUUUACCACAGGAGAUACUGUGUAUGUGGAAAUGUGUUUUUGUACCUAGUGUACUAGCUGUUUAUGUUCCAAGGCUGUGAUGAAGAGGAUUAUUUGGAGGAUAAUCUCUUGAUACAGAGGUGGGCAACUUGGCAGUUUCUCUGUAUCAUCACCAUACAUAUGUUUUCUACGUGGAUCAAAAGUAUUUGUAGAGGAGACAGGAACACACUUAAUCUGUGGAAUGGAGCCAAAGCAUAUCUUCUGCCACCCUGAGACUAUUAUCAACACACACAUGCAAACAAUCAAUCAACUAAAUGUAUAUAUAAAGCCCUGUUUACAUCAGCAUUUGUCACAAAGUGGUCAUACAGAAACCCAGCCUAAGACCCCAAAGAGCAAGCAAUGCAGAUAUAGAAUCAUGGUGUCUAGGUAAAACUAACUAGAAAGGCAGAACCUAGGUAGAAACCGAGAGAGGUACAGUCCUCUUCUUCACGCACGCACACACACACACACACACACACACACACACACACACACACACACACACACACACACACACACACACACACACACACACACACACACACACAGUCUUGUACAGCUAGUCUUGUAGGGACACACAAUUCAGUCCCAUUUUAAAUCCUAUUUUCCCUAAACCUUAACCCAAAAUCCUAACCUUUACACUAGCCCUAAACCUAACCCUAGCUCCUAAACCUAACCCUAAAACUAACCCUAGCUCCUAACCUUAACACUAAUUCUAACCUUAACCCUUUGUAUUAAUAUAAUUUUACCUUUCUCUGUCCUUUUACUGUAUGUGAAGAAUACAGUACACUCCAUAUGGACUGUGUCAUUGGACAAUUGUGUUUUAAGUGUACUUCUCAGGCCUGCCAGUCACUGCAUGGGAAUCACAGCACUUUAUAAGUGCACACUUUCUUUUAGUGCUCACUUGACACUUUUGAAGACUUGAUGUGUAGAUCCAGUAUAGUAUGACAAUGUUAAAAUAAUAGGUAUGGGCCAUGCUUAAGAACAAUGUAUCUGAUGUUUAUCACUUGUCUUGUACCAUAAAGAAGUAUCCAAAAUUCAUAGCAGCAAAUGUGCAACCAUGCCAUUAAAUGUAUUGAAUAUUUCAUACUUUUCAAAA